AUGGAUGUGGGCCCUGCUACCCCUGCUGGUCUGGGCCAGCAGAAACGACCCCGCGUUUCCGAGGAAAACCGCAAAAGAGCGGUGCGAGCCUGCGAUGGAUGUCGUCGCGUAAAGGAGAAAUGCGAAGGAGGCGUCCCCUGUCGCCGAUGUCUCCGGUAUCGUCGGCAAUGCAUCUUCACUCACCCCGAUCAGGCCGAGAAGCUCUCUCGGUCAUCGUCCGUCUCGCUCCUGGACCGCACGGUUGCUUUCAACCAACAUGAAAUGCUCGAGUCGGAACGUGUCCGCUACAUGGAACGCAUUCUUCAACACUAUGUUCCAAACAUCUCGUUCGAUAUACAUUCUCUUCGGAAGAUGGCGGAGGAGCUGAAACAUAAGCAUCGUCCCUCUGGAUUGGAGGGUGGGCCGCCUUCGAUGCAGCUGGAUGGCGAGGAGCUCGAGGAUUUGGCCAUCGAUGAUGAGGACUUUACCAUCAAGGCUUUGCCGGAUAAUACUACCCAAUACUCGGGAGAGUUCUCGUAUCUGAAUUUCUCCAUGAAGAUUAGACAGAAGAUUGACGAGUGGAUGAAGACGGCAGCUCCGGAGGCAUCGACCGAAACAGAACCGUUUGAAGAGCGAUGGCGAGCCACUCAGCUACAGUCGGGUUCAACGUUGGUAUCAACAUCAGUCACCUGUCUUCCGCCCCGUUUUGUCGCCGACUUCCUUGUCCAAAUAUUCUUCAAAUAUGCACAGACCAAUAAUUUUUACGUCGAAGAAGAUUGGCUGCGCGAUAAGCUCAACACCUGUUAUACAGAUCCGUCCUGUUUGUCGUCGAAGGAUGCCGGCUCGGUUUGCGCCAUCCUGAUGGUCUUGGCUGUCGGGACACAAUUUGCGCAUAUGGAAUCGUCCAUUCCCGUCAAUCGCCUCUCUUCCAACUCGGCAUUCGAUGAUGACCAUCACUUUUCCGAGGACGAUGUCGGUCUUACUUUCUACCAGUUCGCAUCCAAACUAUUACCAGACAUUAUCGCCACGGCAAAUGUUCGAAGCGUGCAGGCCUGCCUACUGAUCGGAACUUAUUUGUUGCCACUCGAUACGUCUGGACUAUGCUAUACCUACUUUGGUCUGGCGCUGAAGAUGGCGAUCCAGAAUGGUAUGCACCGGAAGUACACGGGGGAAGGACUAUCGCCGCGUAUGAUUGAGAUUCGGAACCGUGUGUUUUGGACUGCGUACACGAUUGAGAAGCGUGUUAGCAUUCUUCACGGAAGACCAGUGUCUUUGUUAGAUGCAGACGUGGAUGCCCCAUUCCCCACUGACUUUCAGGGCUUGACGCCUUCGGGGCAUGUGUCGAACGAUACGAACAUGGUGACACUCAUCAAAUUGACGCUCAAACUUGGAGAGGUUGCAAACGAAAUAUCCGUCCUUCGCAAGUCCCGAAAGAACCAGCAACAAGAUUGCUUGGAGAGGCUUCUGAAUCUGCGGAAGAAUCUUGUCGACUGGUGGGGAACGCUGCCCGAGGAAACCAACUGCAGGGAUCUCAACCCAGCAGGGCCACUAUUCCGCUCCAAUGUGCAUUUGAAGCUCGACUAUUGUCUGACGCGUAUCUUCCUGGGACGACCGUUCCUCUUCAGCACUAACCGGGCAAUCAGCUCAGCUACAAUACCUGGUGCUCCGGUCAAGACACCAUCAGGCCCCGCUAAGAACCGUUCCACACUGAUUACGGAUUGUGUCGAAGCCGCUCUCGAGAUCAUCGACCUAUGUCGGCUCCUUCGCGACGAGCGCGGUCUUGCCCGUGCAUCAUUCACGGAGUUCAGCUCGUGUCGCGCUGCUUUACUCGUUAUACUAGCCCAAAGCUUGACCAAACGCACCGAACGCCUCCGCGAAGCCUUAGACAAGGGUAUGGCACUGAUCAAAAUCAUGUCCAUGGGCGUCGGCUCUGCCCGCGCUGCAGUAAGCGUCAUCGAGACCCUCGAGCGAGCCAUUCGUCGUCUCGAAGAAUACAGUCAAACCCAACCCCAAGGCAGUACCGGUGUCAUCGAAUCAGCAUACGACCGGUUCAAGAACUGGGAGAUGCUCUGGAAGACCGGGCCCAUCUCCCCGGAAAUUGUUCCUUUCCAAGAGCAGCAGUAUCAUCAUACUAGCAACGGACUCGCCCCCGUUAUGACCCCUAUGACGGGUGGUGCAUCCACCGCGAAUGAGCCCGUGGAAGCCGAUGUCGGCAGCGCAAGUCUUCCCGACUCAUCGGAGUUUUCUGUUUCACAUCCCCUAUCGCAGAUGCCGCAUUUUGGCAUCGACCACUUUGUCUCUAAUCUGCCUCAGGAGCUGGGAGAGUUUACUGCUAUCCCUUGCUUCGAGCCGGAUGGCCAGCCGAGUCUUUCUGGGGAGAUGAAGACGGCAGAUACGCGGUGGAUGAAUUUCAUGAAUGAUUGA